GCCCGGAGAGGAGGAGCCAAGGGGGAGGAGUACCGGGCCGUGGGUUGGGAAGUGCUACGUGUCUACUCAGCCCAUAUAACCUACUACCCUCCUUUUCGUUCAGUUCAGCCGGGAACCAGCCGCCGGUUUUUUUCUCCCCUCUCUCCCUCCGUCCGUCCGUCGGUCGCUGCUGGCUUUUCCUUUCUGCCUUCCCUCCCUCUUCUUCCGCUGUCCGCGCCUGAGGGAACCACCGUCGCCGCCGUCCGGGACGCGCGAGCCUCCACCAUGUCCGAGUUCAGAAAGCAAAGGGUGAUCCUCCAAAGGUCUACCAAUGUAGUGUACCAAGCCCAUCAUGUUAGCAGAAACAAGAGAGGACAAGUUUUGGGCACAAAAGGUGGAUUUCGUGGCUGCACAGUCUGGCUAACAGGUCUUUCUGGAGCUGGUAAGACAACCAUUGGGUUUGCCCUUGAGGAAUACCUCAUGUCUCAUGGCAUCCCUUGUUACUCUCUUGACGGGGACAACAUUCGUCAUGGUCUCAACAAGAAUCUAGGUUUCUCUGCUGAUGACCGAGAAGAAAAUAUCCGCCGUGUUGCUGAAGUAGCCAAACUAUUUGCAGAUGCUGGCUUAGUUUGCAUUACUAGUUUCAUUUCUCCUUUUGCAAAGGACCGUGAGAACGCACGGAAGAUUCAUGAGACAGCUGGGCUGCCUUUCUUCGAAGUUUUUGUGGAUGCACCUCUCAAUAUCUGUGAAAGUAGGGACGUGAAAGGCCUAUACAAAAAAGCAAGAGCUGGAGAAAUCAAAGGAUUCACUGGAAUCGAUUCGGAGUAUGAGAAACCAGAAAUACCCGAACUUGUGCUGAAAACCAACAUUUUUUCAGUGACUGAAUGCAUCCAGACUAUUGUGGAGCUCCUGCAAGAACAGAAUCUCGUUCCUUCCACUGCAAUUAAAGAUGUGCUUGAGCUGUUUGUGCCUGAAAAUAAAGUGGAACAAACUUGGGCUAAAGCUGGUACUCUGCCAUCUAUAAACAUUACCAAGUUGGAUCUACAGUGGGUUCAAGUCCUAAGUGAAGGUUGGGCCACACCACUCAAAGGGUUUAUGCGGGAGAAAGAAUAUUUGCAAGUUAUCCAUUUUGGCACUUUGCUUGAUGGAAUGGGUAAAAUUGAUAUAUUCAAGCUUGAUGGUGUUAUUAACCUGAGCAUACCGAUUGUACUUCCCAUCUCUACUGAAGACAAAAAACGUCUGGAAGGAUGCAGUGCAUUCACCCUGCAGUACAAUGGACGGAGGGUUGCAAUCCUUAAAAAUCCAGAAUUUUUUGAACACAGGAAGGAAGAGCGUUGUGCUCGUGUUUGGGGAACCACCUGCGCAAAGCAUCCACAUGUAAAAAUGGUGAUGGAGAGUGGAGAGUGGCUUGCUGGGGGCGAACUCCUUGUACUGGAGAGAAUAAAAUGGAACGAUGGACUGGACCAAUACCGCUUGACUCCGUUGGAGCUGAGGGAGAAGUUUAGAGAGAUGAACGCAGAUGCAGUUUUUGCUUUCCAACUACGUAAUCCGGUGCACAACGGACAUGCUCUGCUAAUGCAGGAUACUAAACGCCGACUGCUGGAAAGGGGCUAUAAGCAUCCAGUCUUGCUCCUUCAUCCUCUUGGUGGAUGGACCAAGGAUGAUGAUGUGCCCUUGGACUGGCGUAUGAAGCAGCAUGCUGCAGUGCUAGAAGAACAUGUCUUGGAUCCCAAAUCCACCGUUGUUGCAAUUUUCCCUUCUCCCAUGUUGUACGCUGGCCCAACAGAGGUCCAGUGGCAUUGUAGGUCUCGAAUGAUUGCUGGUGCCAAUUUCUACAUUGUGGGUCGAGAUCCGGCAGGUAUGCCUCAUCCAGAAACCAAGAAAGAUCUGUAUGAACCCACACAAGGUGGAAAGGUGCUUAGUAUGGCUCCAGGACUAACCUCAGUGGAAAUAAUUCCCUUCCGAGUAGCUGCAUACAACAAAGUACAAAAAGCGAUGCUUUUCUAUGAUCCAGAGAGGCACACUGAAUUUGAUUUCAUUUCUGGCACACGGAUGAGAAAGUUGGCUCGUGAAGGUGACAAUCCCCCUGAUGGGUUCAUGGCGCCAAAAGCAUGGAAGGUUUUGACAGAAUACUACACAUCGAUGGGAAAAAAUAAUUAAUUAUGCUGUCUCUAUCGAAGUGCCUUUAUUUUAAAUAUGAGCUCUGCUGAUUGAUGAAUAUGCUACGAUGUUUCAUCUGGUUUGGAAUCUUUUGGUUGCUGGGCAUUUUCUUUCUGGGCCAUACAAUGGUUCUGGACCAACUUUUCCAUUUUUAGACCUUAAAUAAGCGAUUUCUUCUUAAUUUCAAAGGAAUGCCAUAAAACAAGGUUUUACUGUACGCAUCAAAAAAAAAUAAGAUCAAAAUGAUGAGUUCAAAGCCAUAGGGAUCCAGCUCUCACAGCCUUUGCCAAAAAAUGUUAUUGAAACUAUGCAACUAUGCAAAUUAUUACAUUAAUGCUAUAAAUUGAAUUCCUAGAAAGAAAUAGGGGAUAAACUAGUACUUUCCCAUUGUGGUUUGGUGUUUUGGGGGGUUUUUUUGGCCUCCACCAAAACCUUUCAUGUAGUUGGGGUGAAGAGGGAGGAUUUCAUAGUAUGUCAUUUUUUUAGAUGAUGAUGAUGAUAAUGAAGAUGAAAUGGAGUUGGUAUAAUCAGCAUUUCCCAACAAGAGAAUUCUAUGGCAGUUUUCUCUUGGAAACAGUCACAAAGCUGUGCUUAUUCUGAAAAAUUCUUUACAAAUAGCGUUUUGGUCAACUUGGACCAAGAAAUGCACCUUUCUCACCCUUGACAUUGAGUUUCUUUAUAGCCUUGGCCAAAUUCUUUCAUGAAGGACAUCCACAAGCAUUUCCCCCUCAACUGGGUGCUAAUAACAUCAUUACAGUCUAUAUGACUGCCCUUUCACAGCUCCUCUCACCUCUUCAAUGUAUAGACCAGACUAGGAAACCAAAGUCAUGUAGGCCAAUACUGCUUUUAUUGUAAAGAUAUAGUAAUAGAAUCUUACGAGUCUGAAUACGUUUCCUCCCUCUCUCUCUCUAUCCUUGGGAGAACUAGAGAGGGUCUUGCCUGAAACUUUUUUCAAGAUACAUUUCUGCCCCCUUAUUUGACUAUUGUCUUGAUAGUUGCUCUGCCAUCUCUCCCCCAGGGCCAUUUCCUUUCCCCACUAGUUGCCCAAGUCAGCAUUCAUCAUGAUCGCCUUAACUCAGGGGUAUCAAAUUCGCAGCUCUGUGGGCUGGAUGCGUCACGUGAUGGCCACGCCCACCCCAUUUUAGCAAGGGGGGGAGUUGUGAUACGUCACGUGACGACAGUGUGACGAUGUGAGUUUGACACACCUGCCUUAGCUUAUGCAAUGCAAGGGCCGAUUUGACUGGGGAAGUUUUUCUGAGAGACAUGGAUUCAUUCCUAAGCAUCUUCUAGGGCAGGGGUGUCAAACUGGCAGCCCAUGGGCUGGAUGCAUCACAUGCGGGCUACGCCCACUCCCGCAAAGGCAAAAGUCAUGAUAUGUCACAACGUCACAUAACACAAUCGAGUUUGACACCCGUGUUUUAGGUUGAAGUAGAAAGGGGUAUCAAAAAAGUCAUGACAGCUACAAUGCUGUCCUACCCCUUUUUUUACUGUCUUGAUUUAUCCAGUGAUAAACUCUGAAUUCUCUUCGAUGACCAGAUCCAAUGAAGGUGUUUUAAAGAAAAAGAAAUUGUUAACAACUGGUUUAAAGGACUGAUUCAAGUACACAAUGGCCGAUAGCUUAGUAUUUUUUGUAACAUCCAAUCUUAUCAUCAUCUAAAAGAGGCGUUUAAAACUGGGGUGGGUGGGAAUUCAAGGGCACCCUAAGGCAACUUGAAUUUGGAGUAAAUAUUUAAGGGAAAGGUGAAUGCAUGUGCAGGACACAACUCCUUUUCCCAUAGGAAAACUUUUUGCAUUUUAUAUAUUGAAUCAUGACAAUUCCUGUAUUUUUAAUUCUUUUCUUCUUGGUAAGGAGUAAAUAAGCACAAACAUAUUAUCACGGUUGAUGAAUCCCAAAUUAUGGGGCUUUGUUCCAGAAUCUGCUCAUAGGGGUAGAAAACAUGUUUUAGUUGUAAUUUUUUCCGUAUAUAAUUGGUUCAGUCAGAAUUAACUUAUACAUUCCUUUUGCAUCUUAAUACUUCCGACAUGAAUGCUAAAUAGUUUAAUUACAUUACAUUAUGCCCUUCUGAUAUUUUAUUGCUUUUUUUAAAAAAAUCAGCUCCUUUUUCUAUUGUGCUGUUAUACUUAGUGUGCUGUUCAGUGGCAAGGAGAGUGAAACACUGUACAAAUCAGAAUAGCCACAUCAUGAAAAUCACUGAGAAGGUACGAUCUUUCUCAACUUUACAUAAUUAUUUUCCCCAUCACCCUAGUCUGAGAUAGCCCUGCUUUUGAGAAUAAUGCUUGGUGCUGUUCUACUACUGGACACACAGCUGCUGCUAUGAUUAAACAGAAUUUUGGCUCUGAAAUCCACGUCCAAAAUCCAGGGUUAUUGAAAACUUAGAAUAAAACAGCUGCCCUCUGCUCUGUAUGAUACAUCAGGCAAGUCCAGCUGCUACCUGUAUUUUCACAACUGGGGAAUUGUUGCAUUAAAUAUCUUCAGUAUAUUAUUUAUUUUUGUAAGUUUUAUAAAGUAAAACUUUAUUUGAAAACGCAAUUCAAGGCACUAUAAAAUUUGGAAUCAGUACAUCAGACCAAACAUAUUAACUGCAGAACUGGAAAGAAUAAAAAUGAUGGAAUUAAAAAUAUCCACAAACACUCUGAAACUUUUAUCUGCCUGUCCAUCCAUCCAUCGGGUAUAAGUAUUCAUAAUUGUUAGAAUUUCUUCCUACUGUGACUCCAAGGCGAAAAACUGAUUCAGAUCAUGGAUUAUAGAGCCUAAAAUGGAUUGUGGUCAUAAUUUGGGCAUUUAUAUUAGCUACAGGUAUGCUAAGUUUCUUUUUUCUUUUAUGAUUUUGAUUUUUCACUAUUCUUGUCCAAAAAUAGGCAAGUUGCUUUACUCAUUUUCAUGUAGCAAUUAUGCAAUAGUCAUUUUUGUAGUCUAAAUACAAAUAUUUGAAAAUGCUUUUUAAAACAUUGCUAUAGCAUUUAAUGCUUUUUGAAUUUUUGGGACCAAGAGAAUAAAACGGGUUUCCUUUUUUUUUUUUGUCAGUUGAAUGCAGUAGUUAAGCAGUAGCUAUCUUGCAAAUAGCAUUGGCCAGAAGACAAGAUAGCCAGUAUAAUUAGUAAAAGGUCCCAGCAUUGCUGGCUAAUCUACAUUAGCCAUAAGGCCUUUUAUAACCAAGAGCUUUUGGAAGGGAGCUUGAAGAUAAUCUCUUCUUGCCAUUGUAAUCUAAAUGUUUAUAGUGCCAAUAUUUUUCCAGGUUUUUAACCUAAUAGAACUAGAGUCCAAAUAAAUAUGUUGUAAUGUGCCUUUACCUCUUUCUACAAAAACACAUCCUAUAAUAUUUUAUAGCAUAUUUAUUACAGACCUGAAACCGACAUGUAUGCCUUAACUGUUGCAUCUCUUGACAAAAAUAUCUUCUGGACUUCUAUUAUUAAAAUUCAUUUUGGUGACAAUA